ACAAACAAACAAACUGAAAAGAUUCCUGAAUAUAUAAUACAGAGAUAUCAUCCACGUUCUCCAAAACCCAUGCCUGGCUGGAACGCAGCAUUAAAUUUGUGUUAACAGCACUGAUUUUCAAGCUCAGUGUUUUUUACACGAAUGUGCUACAUUGACUCGGAAGUUGUUUGCUUCAAAUCAGAAGGCGGGAACGUUAAACUCUGGCUGGAUAGCUUUCAGAAGGCGGGAACGUUAAACUCUGGCUGGAUAGCUUUCAGAAGGCGGGAACGUUAAACUCUGGCUAGAUAGCUUUCAGAAGGCGGGAACGUUAAACCCUAGCUGGAUAGCUUUCAGAAGGCGGGAACGUUAAACUCUGGCUGGAUAGCUUUCAGUUCAGUCAGCGAGCGAACACAUCACAGCACAGCAGAACUCCAGAAGAAGCGCGGCAAGCGGAAAAUAAGAAAGAAAAGAUGCACAAAGAUGGCCGGACACCCCCUAGCGCACAAUUUAAGAAAGAGCAUUUGAGUCUGUCAAACAUAAAAAAAACAGUGUCUAUAAAGAAUGAUUACCUGUUAAAGCCCUACAUUCCUGCUUAUCCUGAACUGGUGGAGUUUCAAGUAGAGAAAGUGUCUCAUGUCACAGGAGAACAUGGUGUUCGGGGAAUUUUUGCUAAGUCAGGUUUCAAACAGCCAUCGGAAUUGGAAAACAAUGAACAUUAUUUCCUAUGGUGGAAUUUAUCCGUCACACCUCAUGACAUAUUCUCAGCUGAAGAUCGUUUUCUCACAUCCUUAUUCCCUCGUCGAAGUGCUGCUCAGAUUUGCAAUGGUUCACCCAUUCUUCAGCACUUUACCAACUCUGAGGCUUUCAUGGAAGAAUCUUCUUAUGGAAACUUCCGCUUCACCUUUUCACUCAAGGAGCUUCUCUGGCACUAUGGAGAUCAGUUCUGUGGUCGCGACAGUCCAGUUCUGCACAUUUAUGACACUGCGCUCUACAAAAAAGAGAUUCAGUACACUGUUGUAGUGCAUCCUCCUGAAGUACAUCUUUAUGAUGAUUAUCCUCGACUUCCAAAUGAUGGUGUUGGUGAUAGUGUUUGUUGGUACAAUAAAGGAGCCAUGUGGUGGCGCUGUCAAUCCCCUUCUGAUGACUACAACAGUGCACUUGAGGUGAACAGAUCUGAUGCAAGUGUUAGUGUAAGCCCUCAUGCCAGUGUGUACUACGUGUGGGAUCAUGUGUCUGUAGCUUUCCACAUGGAGCCGGGGUGGGUGUUGCAUGUGGACCGGGACCGGCUGUUUAGAAGAGUGAAAGCUUGUGAAGUGUCUGACCAUCAUCUUUUGAGAUCUCCAGAUUAUCCUCUGAGUUUACAUGAUGCUGAGAGUACACUAGCUGAUCUUAAGGCUCGAUAUGGUUAGUGUUUGGAGGCUGCUGGUUGGAACUAAACAUACCAUCAGAUCAUCAGAUAUAUUACACUCUCAAAAUUAUUCCAUUCAUGGUUUUACACCACUAAUCUUCAUCAAACAGCAGUUAAAACAACGUAUUUCAUUAAAUGGUUUUAAACUGUUAAGCCACUUAUACAGCAUUGAGCCUAUUUUCGUUUUAUUUUAUUUUUUGUUUUGUUUUUCAUUUGGGAAUUUAAUUGGAUUUUUUAAUUGGAAUUUUUAAUUUUUGGGGAUUUUUUGGGGAUUUUUUUUGUUGUUGCCAUCAUUACUAUAAUGGAACCAGACAAUUGGAAGAUUAUUAAAAUGAUUAAGCGUUACCAGAAGGGUAGGAGAGCUGUCUUCAUGAAUGAACAUCAUGAGUCAGCAUGUUUGCAAACAUUAUACUGAUUCUAUAUAAUUGUUAGAUAAACAGGAAAUGAAUAAUAACUGGCUUACAUGUUAACGUAAUUUUGCAAGCAAGAUUUUUAUUGUUUGAUGGUGGGCAGCACGGUGGCUCAGUUGUUAGUUCUGUCGCCUCACAGCAAGCAGGUUGCAGGUUUGAGUCACCGGCUGGGCAUUUCUGUGUGGAGUUUGCAUGUUCUCCCCAUGUUGGCGUCGGUUUCCUUCGGGUGCUCCGGUUUCCCCCACAGUCCCAAGACAUGCGCUAUAGGUGAAUUGAAUAAACUAAAUUGGCCGUAGUGUAUACGUGUGAAUGAGCGUGUAUGGGUGUUUCCCAGUACUGGGUUGCAGUUGGAAGGGCAUCCGCUGUGUAAAACAUGCUGGAUAAGUUGCCGGUUCAUUCUGCUGUGGCGACCCCUAAUGAAUAAAGGGACGUAAGCUACGGUCACACCGGGCUUUGUGUGUGCGAAAUUCUGUCGUACAGCGCUGCGAAAAGGGGCGGGGUUAAACAAAAUGAUUAGACAUUAAAAAAGCGAGCAAUUGCUCCAUUAAAUUUCUGUCCAGAGAGGUCCUGUUUUGAUCCUCUAUUGGUCUCAUGCAGUCAAGUGAUGAGAUUUCGCAGGUCAGAGUUCACCAAGCUUGAACUUUGCACCGCAGCGAACUGCGAAACUUAACGCAUGACCCCACGUUUCCAGUCUGACGCAUUCGCGUGAGUAUGAAUGGAAGUCUAUGGGAGGAAAAGUCAAGUGUGACCGCAGCUUAAGCCGAAGGAAAAUGACUAUUUGAUGGUUUGCAGAUUGGAAUGCACAUUUGCACAGAUUUUCAUAAUUAAUUUAAGCAUUAUGCAUAAUUUAACAUUCAUGCAGUAGCCUAAAUGGUGUAAUUGACUUCUUUGUAGGAUGACAAUCUUUACCAAGGGCUAAUUUGAAUAAUAAUAAAAAAACACUUUUAUUUUUUGUCCACUAGAUGUCUGUGUUGGACUUCUAGUAUUUUUUUUUUUUAUGUCCUGUCAGUAAUUUGCCUUUUUUUUAAUGUAAACGUUUAUUGUGCCAUUGCUAUUACUUUUAUUAUGAAAUGUUAAAUGUUUUCAUGUUUAAUUUUCUCACAUGCUUUAAUAUGUUCCAGGAAAUUUGUCAUUUUUUACAUAAUCAUGGUUUUAGGCAUGGGACCGUUUUCAAGGUAUACCAUGGUUUGGAAAAGUCAAGGUUUUAAAACCGCUAAAUUUUCUGCUAUACCAUUCCUAAGAUAUGUGUAUGGUUUUUAAAUAAUUUUUUAGGACAACAGUAUCUCCAACAGAAAAGAUAUCCAAAGGUGCUGUUUUAAAUUGUAAAGAAAUCUGUGUUAUUGAAACUAAUGAAGACAGAAGUCAAUGAUUCAUUUACAUUAUGUAGCCUGAUGUGUUUACUGAUCCAAAAUAUUUUAAAUGUUUCUCAAAUAAAAAUAUAUUGUGUUCACAUGGGAAAAAGUAGUUUUUUUACCCAGACAUUUAAAAAGAAGAUAUUUUAGAGCAGUAAUCACAAUACCAUAAAACCAUGAUAUUUUUAUCCAAGGUUACCAUACCGUCAGAAUCUUAACGGCCCAUGCCUACAUGAUUAAUUGAUCUAAAAAUCUCUGUAGCUUAAACUGCUUAAUCUGAUCUUAUUGUUUUGUUUUAAAUCAUUGAUGUGUGAUGUUACAUAUUUUCAA